GUGUGCUGUCUGAUCGAGCAAUCCAUUUGACACCUGUAUACUAUACGGGUUGAUGACAGAAUUGUGUAUUGAAGUAGAAAAUCCGUUUCAAGGAGAUUCCGAUUUUACGAUACAGUAAAAACUUGAUCGACAGUAUCCGCGUUUCGUGACGCGGCAGCGCAAACACGGUUCGAACAUUUUUCGAGUGGUGUGAAAUCUCCUUCGGAUAAUAGAAUUGGACGAAGUGAAUUGAAGGAAGAUAUAAGAUACGUAAUAACGCCUAGGAAUAUUCCGUUUAAUUUGGCGAAUUAAUACCUACGUCAAUCAUGCUGUCGCAUAAUAUACUAAUCAACACAGGCAACAUUUUAUCCCUGAACGAAGUGAAGAAAAAGGCAGGGCAGAAUCCUAGCGACGAGCUUAUUGAAACGCUCAAAAUUACUCUGGCGGAUUUUGAGAAUCUGGACAACGCUUCGACCAAGGCAAUCGGUCGGGAUGAUGCUAGUGUGAAAGACCUAGACAGAAAAGAAUUAAAAAUCACCGUUAAAGUUUUCAUUUCAUCCCCAAAAAGCGAGUCCUUGAAGGAGGCACUCGAUCAAGUGCUCAACGUUCUACAAACUGAUUCGAUUGAGGCGCUGGUUAUAGCAUAUAGCAAACCGGAAAGUACAGAUGAUAUACUUACUUCGCUUAAAUCCCUUUGGACUCUGAUCGAGGAAUACAUCAAGCUUGGCAAAUUAUCGUCUGUUGGAGUCAGCGACGUCGAUACCGAUGUCUUUAUACAACUUUUCCAAUGGGCAAAUACAAAGCCUAAUAUCGUUCAAAUAAACCUGGCUACAUGUUGCGUCGUCCCCCCAGCUCUACAAGUCUUCACCAAAGAAAAUGAUGUUCAGUUACUGACUCACAGUGAUCCAAAUCAAAUCCUGCCGAAAGCUGCCUUGUAUAACGUGUUUGGAAAAAAUGUCAAUUUACAUUGGGUAACGCGGUAUCAAGUUCACGUGAAAUGUCGGGGCGUUCUUUCGACGAAAGGAUAUCUCGUCUACAUCAAUAAGCCCGGUACCCAAAAUAACCGGUAGAUUCUACAUUCGUAUAAAUAUAUUUCAAACACUUUCCUCAAGAUGUGUUCAUUUUUUUUAAACUUCAGACUUGUACUAGGCGAAGGUCAUGAAUCGAUUAUCAAUUUCGCAAAUCCACAGGACCCGCUGAUUUAAUCGAUAAAAUCUGAAUUUAAAUAUUCUGAAAUAUACUUGUAUUGCCUGAACGCAGAUCAGUUGACAACUGGAAGUGUAACUCACAGCCGUUUCUUCCGACACAGUUUAAACGGCAUUCAAUUUUUUCUGUAUGCUGAACUUUUUUUGGAUUCUCGAAAUACUUCUUCACGACUCUCAUGAAAAAUUUGUCUAAUCUAUACUAAUUUAGAAAUUUUAGAUCAUUUGCAAUGAAAAAAAAUUCAAAUUUCGGCAAAACUAAAAAUAAAAUACUCGCGGUGGAUUCAAACCUUCAAGUAGUACACUUGUGGAUUUUUCGAAAAAUCGACAGGUCAUGAGAUCCCCGUGUAAGUUAUGCGAGACUAUGUAAAAUAAAUAUUAAUUACGUAAAUAAAUUGUAUCUACCUGAGAACGAAUCUCAUGUUUCAGUGCUUUGUCAUUCAUCCAUCGAAAACCCAUUUUGUAAACCUGUACGCCAAUUAGGGUUGGAAAACAGAAGUGAAUAAACGGUUCUAGGCAACAA